UGAGGUUUUCUAUCAUGCACAAAGAACCAUACUAGAGCCAACCUUAAUAUUACAUAUGGUGGUCGGGGUUUAUCCCGAUCCCAUACUUGAGGCUGCCCUGAAGCGUAUAUUUUACCUUCUUGACUUUGAUAAAGAUGGUUUCAUCAAAGUUGAAGAUUUUAAUGAUUUCCUGGAGAAAUAUUUUGGUUCUGAAUUUUUUGCGGAGGAUCUGAAGCGUGUUUAUGUUAGAUGUAAUGGUAGAUUUGAUGAGAAGGGUAUUCCUUUUGAGGGAUUCCUAUCCUUCAUAUAUUACGGCUGUGAACAUGAUGCCAUGUGGUUUCUUUGGAUACAAUAGUGAUUUAGAACUUUCAGAUGUUCUCAUAUCAUCUGCACUGGGUCAAA